GUGUGUGUGUGUGUGUGUGUGUGUGUGUGUGUGUGUGUGUGUGUGUGUGUGUGUGUGUGUGUGUGUGUGUGAGAGAGAGAAGAUGUCUGCGGUGCGGAGGCUGCGGUGCGUGCUGGAGCAGCGGCUGCGCGCGGCUGUCGCAGAGAUCUUUGGGCUGUUUGAAACAACAAUAACAGAGUACGAAGAAGAGAUUGAGCGCCAACGCAGACUGCUGGAAGAUGUUGUUCAGCCGGAGAUCCGGAUCCACAAAGCGGACGGUCCCCGGCUGCUGGUGUGGAAAGAAGAGGUUCCCCCUGAGCAGCAGGAGCAGACCCCCAGUCUGGACCAGGAGGAGCCAGAGCCCCCGCCCAUUAAAGAGGAACAGGAGGAGCUCUGGACCAAUCAGGAGGCAAAGCAGCUUCAAGAUCUCACCACGUUCCCUGUGAAGAGUGAGGAUGAUGAGGAGGAAGCUCCGCCCUCACAGCUUCAUCAGAGCCAAACUGAGGAGAGCAGAGGGGCGGAGCCUCCAGCCAGCAGCUCCUCUGAGCAGAUGGAGACAGAAGCUGAUGGAGAGGAACCAGCCAGGAGCUCAGAUGCAGCUGCUGAUGAGCCGCCGCUCUCCUCACACUCGCCUCAGGACGAUGAAGACGACUGCAGGAAGACCGGAGAGCGCCAGUCUGGUUUAGAGCCUCUGAAGGACACGGAGGUGCAUUUAAGUCCCAACAAACACGAGAGUGAGGAGAAACCUUUGAGCUGCUCCGUCUGUGGGAAGAUGUUUCACCAGAAGAGGAACCUGCAGCUGCACAUGAGGACUCACGUGGACAAACGGCCCUUCAGCUGCUCCGUCUGCGGCAAAGCCUUCAGGUGCGGCGCGGCGCUCGCCUCGCACAUGACCGUGCACACGGGAGAGAAACCCUUCAGCUGCUCCUUCUGCGACAAGAGCUUCAGCCUGAGGGGGACCAUGGUCCGCCACAUGAGGUGCCACACCGGGGAGAAACCCUACAACUGCUCAGUGUGCGGGAAGAGCUUCAGCGACCAGAGCAGCCGCAGCAAACACACCCGAGUCCACACCGGGGAGAAGCCCUUCCACUGCUCCGUCUGCGCCAAGGACUUCAGCGAGUCCGGAAACCUCAAGAUCCACAUGAGGCUUCACACCGGGGAGAAACCCUACAGCUGCAGCGCCUGCGGGAAGAGUUUUAACCAGCGGAUGCAUCUCAGGAGGCACAAGUGUGUCGGUGAGAGCAGCAGCAGGUGAGGAUGAAGAGCCGGACUCUUCAUCAGCAACGUAACAACAAAGCAGAGACGCUCAAACCACCAGACCCCGAACACAGCAGGUUCACAUCUGGACCACAAACCGAUUCCUAAAGAAGGACCGUGUGAGACUGACAGCACACACACACCACGACAUCACGUUACCUUGACGACGCCGGCUGUUUCUACUCACUUUCCUGUUGUUUUUUUGUUUUUUUUGAAGCCUCCCUCGUCCAACAGAAGGUCAGUGAUCAGCCGGAUCAGCUCCUCGGCCUCGUGUCAGUAACGCUGAAGCUUCUGAUUCAGAUGCAGAACAAUCACAUUUUCUUUUCUAGGCCCUGAAAUUUUAUUUUUGAAGAUUUUUUAGAUGCUGUAAUGAUAUUAAUGUCAUCAUCAGGAUACCAGGAUGUCCAGAUCCAGAGUUUUGUUUUUUACCAGGAUGGUUUACACCGCUCUACACAUUUCUGAAGAGUUCUGUUUUUUCAGAAACAGUUUUGGUGAUGAAGCCCCACAGAUUGUGUUUAACUCAACACUGGACUGGAUUUCCCAUCCCUGUUCGUCCCAGUUUAACGGCCCAGUGUGGUGGAUUGUGGGUAAUUUCCUGAAGCAGAGUGAAAAUGUUCAGAAAGUCCUGAAGGCCUCGCCGAGUCGACGGGACCGCGGCUCGAGGUGUGACUGAGAGUCCUGUUGUUUUUUCAGCUGAAACUCUUUGGAGCGGAAAAAAAUUGAACCGCAGCGCCACCUGGAACACACAUACACACACACACACACACACACAUACACACACACACACACACACACACACACACACGCAUCUAGUUCUGAGAUUUGGCUCAGAAUUAUGAGAAUAAUGUCAAAAUCCUGACUUAGGGCCCACUCACAUUGGCAAGUUUGAGCCCGUAUCGUGCUAAAGCCAAAA